GCCUACAACAUAUGCAUUCAAACCUUCCUCCUUCCUUCCGUAUAUUUCCAAACUUCAAAACAAACCAAAAAUAUAAACACUACUACACCUAAUUUUCCAAUUUUUAUUGAUCUUCUGAUUCAUUCAUUCUUUCAAAAAACAAAAAAUGGCGUUCAAGAAAACGCUAGUUCAAAGAUUAUUCAAUCUCUCAAGAUUCUCAACACCAGCCGUAUCAAAAACCCCCGCCGGAAAACCACCGGAACCUUCUAGAAUAAAGCGCAACAUGCAACGCCGUCCACUCUACCAGUCGGCAAAUUCACCGGCACCAUCAGGUCUCCGGUUAUUCCCUCCUACCGGAGAAAACCUUGUUGAGAAGUUAAAAUCAAUGAACAUUGCAAAAGACCGCAUUCAAUUAAGCGGAUUAUUACCACUUCCUCACGUGACAUCAGAUACGGCGCGUGAGGAUGACUCGCCGGCAGGGUUGUCGGUAAGUGAGGUGAGGAAAGUAUUGAGAGCGUCGCAAGUAGAGAUGAUAAGAGAGAGAUUAGAAGAAGUUGAAAAAGAUUGGGUAACGUAUGAGAGAUUUAUGGAGUUAAUUGAAAAAAGUUGUGGUGGGAAUAAAGAACAAGCGUUAGGGUUUGCUAAAACUUUGGAUGAUUCUGGUUCUGUUAUUGUUUUGGGUAACGCUGUUUGCUUGCGUCCUCAUCAGGAAAUUAAAUCUUUGGUAACUAAGGCCAUUCAGAGCCUAGUCACACCUUCCGUAGUUUUGGACCCCAACGACCCUCGAAGGGAAGAGCUGGAGUUGAUGGAGGAGCAGAAAAUGGAGCUUGACCGGAAGGCAGAGGCACUAGUUCGCCGGGAGUUGUGGGCUGGGUUGGGCUACAUGGUGGUCCAAACCGCGGCCUUUAUGAGGCUCACAUUCUGGGAACUUUCUUGGGAUGUAAUGGAGCCCAUUUGCUUCUAUGUUACUUCUGCCUACUUUAUGCUUGGCUAUGCAUUCUUCCUUAGAACAUCUAAGGAACCUUCUUUCGAAGGCUUCUUCCAUAGCCGCUUUAGUGCUAAGCAAAAGCGCCUUAUGAAGAGUCAUAAUUUCGAUCUCGAGAGGUAUAAUGAGCUCAGGAAAGCUUUUGACCCCCACUAUCUAUCAUCCUCCUUGGAUCAUAGUAAGAUGUUUAAGCUUCAUCACCAUAAAACUAAUUGAAGAAAACAGGGAUUAUUGAUACUUUUUAUUUUAAUUUUUACAGUGUUUGAUUUCUAAUCAGCGGAUAAGCCUUUACUGUAAUCUUUUUUGGCCCCUUAUCCAAGAAUUGUAAUUCUCUAAUGAUGAAAAUGUUGGCUUAAGUCAGCUGCGGGCUGCGGCUGUGUAAAGUAAUGGAGAGGAACCCAUUAUUUCUUGUUUCACCAAUGUACUCCAAUUUGAGAUCCCUAUCUUUGAGGAGAGGAAAAGAAAACGAAAUCAUUUACAGACUUUGGGGUU